UCUAUAUAGAGAGGGAAAAUCAGAGAGUGACUAGAGGCCAGACAGGAGGCUGAAGACAGUACUCUGUUCAGUACUUCGACCUGUAGCUGGAACAGACCAGCUCACAUUGUUCACUGGAUAUAACCAGAGGAAGGAUUUGAUUUCACCAAACAAGAUAAGCAAUGAUGAAGCUCUUGAUGCUGGCCGCCGUCACAGCGCUCCUCCUGCUGGUGGAAGGGGGAAUGUCGGCGAGGACUCAGUCCCGCACCAAGAGAGAACUGGCCAGCCCGCUGCACCUCAGGGGGAUCCGGGACCCCUACGGCUCCUACUGCCAGAGGAGAGGAGGCUGCUGCCCCGGCCGAAAUGACCAGUGCACUGUGCCUUACCUGGACACCAUCUGUUACUGCGACCUGUUCUGCAACCGCACCGUGUCCGACUGCUGUCCUGACUUCUGGAGCCACUGCCUGGGAACAACUCCUCCAUACCCUCCCAGUUCAUGUGAAAGGAAUGGCCACAGGUUUCACUCAGGAGCAACAUACAAAGAGAACUGUAAUUUAUGCACAUGUGGUCAAAAUGGACGCUGGGAAUGUGAGCGUCAUGCCUGUCUGAUAGAGAAUGACAUGAUCCAGGAAAUCAACAGGAGAGGUUAUGGUUGGAGGGCCUCAAACUACAGUCAGUUCUGGGGUAUGAUGCUGGACGAGGGUCUGCGGUAUCGUCUGGGCACACAACGCCCCUCACGGACCAUUAUGAACAUGAAUGAGAUCCAGAUGAAUAUGAAUGGAAACGAUCAUUUGCCGAGUUACUUUAACGCAGUAGACAAAUGGCCAGGGAAAAUCCACGAGCCCUUGGACCAGGGGAACUGCAAUGCAUCCUGGGCUUUCUCAACUGCAGCUGUUGCAUCAGACCGGAUCUCUAUUCAGUCGAUGGGUCACAUGACCCCUCAGCUUUCACCUCAGAAUCUGAUUUCCUGUGACACACGUCAUCAGGGCGGCUGCUCCGGUGGGCGUAUUGAUGGGGCCUGGUGGUACCUAAGGAGAAGAGGGGUCGUGACAGAGGAGUGUUAUCCUUUUUCUAAGCCCCAGCAAAGUCCUGCUGAAGUGGCUCGCUGUAUGAUGCAAAGUCGAGCGGUGGGCCGAGGAAAGAGGCAAGCCACAGCGCACUGUCCCAACAGCCACAGCUACAACAAUGAUAUCUACCAGUCAACCCCACCAUACAGAUUGUCCUCCAAUGAGAAUGAGAUUAUGAAAGAGAUUAUGGAUAAUGGCCCCGUGCAAGCCAUCAUGGAGGUCCACGAGGAUUUCUUUGUGUACAAGAAUGGAAUUUACCGACAUACAGAUGUCAAUUAUCACAAGCCAUCACAGUAUCGUCAACAUGCAACGCACUCGGUCAGGAUAACAGGAUGGGGCGAGGAAAGAGAUUACAACGGCAGAACACACAAAUACUGGAUUGCAGCUAACUCAUGGGGGAAGAACUGGGGCGAGGACGGUUACUUCCGAAUCGCUCGUGGCGUAAAUGAGUGCGAGAUCGAGGCUUUCGUGAUCGGCGUCUGGGGCAGAGUCACAAUGGAAGACAUGCACAACCAUCACGGACGCCGCAAGUAGAGAUGUGCAGUGUACGCCUCGCUCUAUGAUUUAAAAGUUAAUCGGGUCUUUUGCAGGUUUGUUAGAGUCUGAUUUCCACCAAACCCCGGUGCCUUCUGAAUAUCUUUUCACACCAUAUGCGUAAAAAGUGGUGUCCACUGCCCCCCUCUGUCCAAAUGCACGUCUCCACUGGAGUUUUGGUCCGGAGGAAUGUAAAUCUCCAGUUUGUGUAUAAGCCCUAUAUCGUCUUAUUGGUGGAAACCGGCUUGAUACACUCCCUGACUGGACCUCAAAUAACAGCCACAGCCGCAGGACUCAGAUGCACUCAGGACUCUACUCCAAAGACACACUCCACAGGCACACAUGCGCUCAGCAUCACAAUGUAAUUGUCUCAAAUGUCUAAUAGAGUGAUAUAUUAGGAUGUGUCUUUUGUUUUGUAUUUUUUCCUACAUUCGGGAAUCGUUACACACCAAGGCAGACAGUCAGACAGCACUCCAUGCGUUCUGCUGAAAGGAUAGAAGGAUGGCGGAAGAAGGUUUUAGGACCAAUAAUUUAUUCCAAAAAUAACCUAGAUUAGAUUUAUAACAGUUCUCUGCAUUCCAUUGAGGUUAAGGUUGUUUAAAGCAUUUUAAACCCACUCCAGUCUUUAUUUCAAAGUCAGAUUCAAGUUAAAGGAUGACUGUACAGAUACAGACACUGAUACUCACUCUAGAAACUUCGGUUGAAACUGUUAUGUGUUGGCUGUAUUGCUCAGAAAAUAUCUAAAUACCACAGAUUCCGUGUAAGAACAAAAUCUGCUCAAGUCUUAAGCUAUUGUACUCUGUGAACUAAUAAGAUUGUACACAAAGAUUGACAUAAACCUUAUUUUUUUGUUCUUGUCUGUUUUGUUGAAUUAUUUAAUUGAUUACUAUUACCAUUAGUAUUUAAAAAAAAUAUUUGUUAUUCAUUUACAUAAAAAGGAAAAAAUCUUAAAUGACAUUUUUAAAAGUGGGGCAAACUGCACACGGGUUCGGGUUCAGUGCUGAAUUACUACUGUCUUGCUGCGUAAACCAGGCAAAACGCGAUAUUACAAGACAUCAUAGGGCAUGUUUGCUUUUCAAAUAUCCAUCUACACGUAUAUGGAGAUUAGUAUGCGUUAAUAAGCUUGAGACAGCUAUUGCUGAUAGGGCCUAAAACAUUGCAAACUAUAAUAGCAUGCAUGCACCAGAGCUCCAAGCAAUCCCAUCUGCUGACUUUGAUAAUGAUAAUGUCGUUAUUAUGGUGACAUGACUAAUUCAAAAGCCUUAUGACAGGCAUUUGAUUUAGCAAUACACAGUCUCAGAUAGGAAGACGGGGGGGUCUUUCAGUAUAAAGCCAGCAACAGAUGCUAUAUUCUGCCCACUGGUCCAUUAGCAUUCGGUGAAAUGUGUUCUCUAUUAGUCAUGCAAGAAGUUUCUAUUAAGAUAAAGCAGUUAUAUGCAGCCAAAUGAGUCCAGCAUAUGGGAUUGUGUCAUGAAUAUUCAAUGCCUUGAUAUCGCUAGAUUUUACAUUACGGUUCAUGUUAUACACUGAUUUGAGCCCAAGCUGAAAUUCUUCAAUUCUGUCUUCCAGUUCUGUAAUUAUGAAUUAAUGCUGUGUUAUUUAAGAACAAAGUCUGUUUGUAAAUCGCUGGUUACUACUGUGCAAUGUUGUUCCUCGUAUUGUCAAUGCAAACCACUGUAGUGUUCAUCCGUGUGACGCAAUAAAAGUCCUACAGCCCA